CAACAAUCCAGUCAAGCGAAUCAGAACGUAAAGCGCAGCUUUACCUCCCUACCUUGUCAUUCAUACUACCAGCCCUCGAAGACCAGCUACGCACUAAGUCUAGAUACUUAGUCUUUACCAAUCGGCUUUAAAAUUACAAACACACAAUCACAAUGGUCGACGACAAAUCAUCAACACCAGCGGUCUCCCACGCGCGUGCCCAUAACGACUUUGGGACGAACCUUUGGGUCCGUCAAGGGGCAGUUGAGCACCGACACCCAACAGCCGGCCGCGGCCUCUUCGCGGGUCUACAAGACAUGAAGAAGUACAAUGUUGAACACGGGUGGGCGAAGCGGAAUGCAGACGCCUCUACAGGGCUUGGAGGUUGGCUGUGGAAUAAGAUAUUCGGCGGGAACUAUAAGCCAUAUGACUGAUUAGCCCGGGAUCAAGGUGGAAGAAAAGGAUUUGUCAUAGACAUGGGAUGGGAGAAGUAUAGAGAUCUUUAAUGCUGUCAUGUUUGUUUUAACAAGGGCUUUCUUCGCGAUAUCAUGAAUAUACCACGCAACCAUGCAUCCACAACGCAUCACGUCCCUUCUGACCUUUUCAUGCUGAGCAUAUGGGCGCCCUAGACUCCUGUCCCAGAUUAUAGGGCUUGUCUACUGUGGCAUCCUCAUCUAGGCAAACAUUAAGGCUCCAAGGGCGCCUGGCCAAGUAUCAUAGCUCGGUCAGGGAAAGAACCUACCGUAUAGACUUACCAGUCCUUCGAGCCUCUUCAGUGGACUAUAGCUCAAUAUUUGGGUAACCUGGGGAGUUCUGUAGGUAGCCAUUUCUAUAGCUCCGUCCUGAAGUCUUUUUUUAUAAAAUUGUGUUUGUGAGCUUGU